AUGACUGCUUUGCUGUCGACCAAUGAGAUCGCCGCAACCCAGUUCAAGGCCAAGGUAUGCUAUGGAAUGGAAUGCUCAAAAGCUGCUGCCUGCUGCCUUCACCCCGCUGCCAUCACCCUGCUGCCUUCACCCUGCUGCCUUCACCCUGCUGCCUUCACCCUGCUGCCUUCACCCUGCUGCCUGCCACCUGCUGCCUGGUUGCCGUCAUCCCCACCCAUUCAAACCCGCCACCACUUCCCCCCCGACCCUCUCUCCUGUUUCCUCCUCUGCAGGUGCGCCUGGUGGGACGGUGAGGCCACGUUGCACAGACUUGUUCUCACCCAUGCUCUUCUCCUCUCUCUUCUCUUCCAACCCAACAACCCCCCCACUCCCUUCCUCCUCUCAGGUGCGCAAGAUAGUGCAGCGGCUGGUGAGACAGUGAGGCCAUGCGACGGUAGCAGCAGCGGUGCCGGAGGAGCAUCAGCGCCUGCUCACACGCAUCCGCUCCGCAAGGUGGGCUCAACGAGUGACUGGAGCCACUCGAACCUGAUUUCCGACACGUCAGCGGACGGCGACUUCAGCGAUGACGAGGAUUACAGCGAUGCUGACGAGGACGAGAGCAGCGUGUACGGCGGCAAAUCACGUGCCGCCAAGUCAUCGUCUCGCCAGGACGGGUCGAAGAAGUCUGCGUGGUCGAACGCACUCUCGUCCAG